UGCUAUAUCUGAAAUCUCACAGUAAGUUAAGAAAAUUGAAGACUUGGCAGCUUAGCUUACAAAAAAUAGUGAAAAUGGGAGCAGACCCAGUUGUUCGAGUUACUAUUGUUCAGGCUUCCACUGUCUUCUAUGACACUCCCGCCACUCUGGAUAAGGCUGAUAAGUUAAUCGGAGAAGCAGCGGCAAAUGGAGCUAAGCUGGUUUUAUUUCCAGAAGGAUUUGUUGGUGGCUAUCCUUGGGGUUCCACUUUUGGUGCCUCCAUGAAGGAUAGAAGAACAAAGGGCGGAGACGAGUUUAAGAAGUAUCAUGCUUCAGCCAUUCCUGUGCCCGGCCCCGAAGUUGACCGAUUGGCAGCUAUGGCUGGAAAACACAAGGUAUAUUUGGUGAUGGGUGUGAUAGAGAGGGAUGGAUAUACCCUCUACUGCACUGUGCUCUUUUUUGAUCCUCAAGGUAAUUACUUGGCAAAGCACCGAAAAAUCAUGCCAACAGGCCGCGAGCGUAUAGUUUGGGGGUGCGGGGAUGGAUCCACUUUUCCCAUUAUUGACAGUCCAAUUGGAAAAAUUGGCACUGUCAUUUGCUGGGAAAAUAGAGUGCCACUUCUGAGGACAGCUAUGUAUGCUAAAGGUGUUCAAAUAUAUUGUGCCCCCACUGCUGACACCUUGGAAAGUUGUCAAGCAUCGAUGACGCACAUUGCUCUUGAGGGUGGAUGUUUCGUCCUGUCCGCUGUUCAAAUCGGUCGCAAGGAAGAUUAUCCACCUCCAGACAACACUCCCGCUGGCACAAAAGACGAUCAGACUUCAAAGGGUUACGUUGCUACUGGAGGCAGUUGCAUCAUAUCACCCUUGGGAAAUGUUUUAGCAGGACCUCUUAUUAAUGAGGAGGGUAUGAUAACGGCAGACCUAGAUCUUGGAGAAAUAGCACGGGCGAAGUUUGACUUUGAUGUGGUUGGGCAUUAUUCAAGACCUGACAUUCUCAGCUUGAACGUAAGCGACCAUCCAACUGAAACAGUUACCUUCACAUCAGCAGCUACAAAAGCCUAAGUUAUUCUCAAGCUCCUGUGCUCCUAUGUAAUGUGUAAUAUUCUCCUAUGUAAUUUGUAAUUUCAAAUUAUCUCGUGAAAAACUUGCUUGUGUUUCUAUUCAUACCAGCAGUCUGAUAUAUUCUGCUUGGGUUCUGCAUUGUAUUAUCAAAAUAAACUUGUAUUAGUAUUUUUUAAUAAUAUAUCAAGAAUGCAUCAUCUGUUUUCAAGACCA